AUGCCGUUGAAAAUCCACCACCUUGGCCGCUCGCAAUCAGAGCGUAUCGUCUGGCUCGCUGAAGAACUUGGCAUCAAGUAUGACUAUGUCUUCCACAAGCGCGACCCUUUACUCGCCCCGCAAUCAAUCAAAGACCUGCAUCCCUCUGGCACCGCACCGGUGAUCGAAGACGACAACUCUCCCUUUACGAAAAACAAGGUCGUGCUUGCUGAAUCAGGCGCUAUCAUUGAUUACAUCAUUGCCGCCUACGGAGAGGGCCGCUUCGCGCGCACACCGAAGGAUGGCGAGGAAUACAUCCAAUUCCUGCAGUGGUACCACUGGGCAAAUGCCUCCCUGCAGCCAGCCUUGCUCCGUGUGUUCAUGAACAAGCGCUCGUCCGAUGACCCAGAAGCACCGUUCGUCAAGCUGGCCGACACGAAACUAGAGUGUGCGUUCUCAAUGAUCGAGGCGAGACUCGGUGAAACCGGAUCUUACUUGGUUGGGAAUGACGUCACCGCAGCGGAUAUCAUGGCGGUCUUUACUCUCACUACCAUGAGGGGAUUUUCCCCUAUUGAUUUUGAUGAGCAGAAACACAAGAACAUUCUGGCUUAUCUCAAGCGUGUUGGUGAGCGGCCUGCUUAUCAAAAGGCUAUGAAGAUUUGUGAGGGUGAAGAUUUCGUGCCUCUUCUUGGUGCGAAGGCUGAGCAGUUUGUGUUCCCCUAUUGA